CGAAAUGUCGGUUGGAUUGUGGGGGUGGGGAGGGUAGGAUUAGGACGCGGAAGAAAUCCAAAUCCCGUGAUUGACUCCUCUCCUCCAUUUGCCUCGUGCUCAUCAAAACCGACCUUUCUUAACCGCUGUGAAGCACCGUUUUUUACAGUUUCCUCGAUCCCACUCCCAAAAACUCCUACAGAUCUAUCUGGUUGUUCAAAGCUUGCUGCAAUGAAGAAUGCAGCUCUGAGUCGUUGACAGGCGUUAACUUGGUCUAAUAACUGAAGCAGCUAUUGUCAUGGGAGUCUCAGUGAAAUGGAUCAGAGCACUAAUCGGUUUCAAAAGAUCCGAAAAGUCAAUUUCCUAUGAGAAAGAUGAAAGUAAGUCUGGGGGCACGAAAAAGCCUGGGCAUAGGAGAAAGCAUUCUGCUGUUGAGAUAGAUAGAGAACUACUUUGCAACGAUCUGAGCCAUAAUAAUGAUGAUGCUUCUGCGUCAGUUGAAGAUGUGAAUGUUGCUUCAGUUCCUAUUGCUUCUUCACCUUCGACCUCACAUCAAAAUCAGAAUGCAAGUCAAGUUCCUCUGAAUAUUAGACAAGAAUGGCGGGCAGCCAUUCGUAUUCAAACUGCUUUUAGAGGAUUUCUGGCUAGGAGAGCUCUACGAGCUUUGAAGGGGUUGGUGAGACUUCAAGCACUUGCUAGAGGCCAUGCUGUGAGAAAACAAGCUGAUAUUGCCCUCCAUUGUAUGCAAGCUCUUGUUAGGGUCCAGGCACGUGUUCGGGCACGGCGUGUUCAUGAGGCCUUAGAAAGUCAAGAGGUGCCACCUAAGCUGCACCAAGAAGAUCUAAAGCAACACGAUGCUAGUGUUCGGGAAGUAGAAGAAGGUUGGUGUGACAGUAUUGGGUCUGUGGAAGAAAUUCAAGCCAAGUUGUUAAAGAGGCAUGAGGCAGCAGCAAAGCGUGAAAGGGCAAUAGCAUAUGCUAUGGCUCAUCAGUGGCAGGCAAGACCUAAGCAGCAACCAGCUGGUGUUGAACGGGACACUAGUAGUGACUGGGGCUUGAAUUGGUUGGAGAGAUGGAUGGCUGUGCGGCCCUGGGAAAAUCGGGUUCAAGACACUAAUCACAGAGAUGGAGCAACUUUGCGUGAUAACAAACCUGCAGAUUCAAAUAAUGGCACCAAGAACCAGGUGAAAAAAUCUGUUCAGAUCAUCAAACCAAAUUCUAAAGAAAAUAUGGGUCCAUCCUCCUAUUCAAGCUCUAACAAGUCACUAGAAGCUGGUACAAGAUCAAAGAGCAAUCCCAAAGAGAGAUUCACGCACCCUUCUUAUAUACAACAAGGAAAUAAUAAGAGAUUAUCUCUUCCUAUUAGCCGUUAGUACCUUUUCCUCCCGCCAGCUUUUUCUUUUGCAUUCCCUUCUAGCCUACUAUGCAACGAUGUGUGUGUUUGGUAGCCUUGUGUUUUAGCUUACCAUUCUUAAUUUCGUAUCAACCAGAUUUUUUACUGAACAUCAACUACCAAAUAGUACAAACAAUGAAAGAAAUGACCUUUCUUUCAUGCACUGAAUUUGUUAAUAAUGAAAAAAAGUAAGGCUGAAGGUAUUUUUUUUGCUGAAUUUGUUUAAGAUGCCCAUUGUAGCUUUGUGUUCAUAUACUCCGUAGUUCUUUAUUAAUUAAAAAUAUUGUAUAUACACCCUCUGCUUUUAUUUUAUUGCUUUGUAUUUCCUUUUGAAAUAUUUUUGUAUUAAUGGCUCAAUUACCUAAUUUGGCAAGUCUUAUCCUUACACCCUUACUUUUCAUUGCCCCUCUUAUUUUUUCUACUUCAUCUUCUCUUUCUUAUUAUUCGCUACCCCUGUUAUAUUUUCCUUGAAAACCACACUUGAACAUUUAAAAGGAGCACUGGGAGACUGGGAACAUAGUUUUAAAUAAUUUCAGCAAAUUCAGCUGUACCUUCAUUUUGGCCACUUUUAGUCCUAUCACACAAAUCUUUCACGUGUCCUCACUUUACCAGGGAAAAAUCAUGAUGAACAAAGAACAAAACGAGGCAGUCGAGCUACUACAGAGAAGCCCAUGGAUGAAAAAACCGCAUGGAACAGAAAUGGUGCAAUGGCCACAACAUUUGUUUCCCAUGAUUAGCAUUUUUUCAUUGUUUUUUAAUGUCAAUAUCCCAUCCGAGUGGGGCGCUCUAGUGUGUAAAUACAGCCACCUGGUGUUUAGUGUGGCUAUAUUUGAUCAUAUGUAUGAAAUUAUGAAUUAGAUAUCUUAGGCUAAUUAGAUCAACUCAGAGUGUUAUUAUGUAACUUCCUCAAUGUAAAUUUGUAAAAAUGGUUCAAUCUUUAAUCUAUACAAUUUCUUUAAAACUAAGAUUAGUUGAUUUAUUUA